AUGACUGUUGGCGAGCACAGGGAUUACCUUGCGUACCUGAGGAGCAGAGGGAUGCUGCAACUGGACGACGAAAAUGGAAAUGAAGCUGAAGGGCAAGAUUACACAGAGGUCGGCACUAGUGAUCAACGGACGUUGCUUGCAACCGAGCGCGGUCCAUUGCCGGUCAGCACUCCCGCAACUAAACCGGUGGCACCGCUCGCAGGUCGUAAGCGGGGGUUACCGGGCCCACCCAGGCCCGGACGACAGCAAGUGGCUGCUGGGCGUGAGGCGGGCGACGGUGAUGACACAGCAUCAGAUAGGGUUGGUGAUGUCAACCGUCUCAGUGGACGCGGGGCAUACGUGGCCGAGCAGCCAAGCGAGUCAAGGCCGCUGCGGGAGUACGGGUGGGGUGAGGAUCGCAACGAUACCCUCCUUGUAGCUGUUCACGCGAUGCAGAAUCAGUUCCAGGACGUUGCAGAGGCUGUCAAGGCGCAAACAUUGGUGCUGGUCGAGCUGAAGGAGGUGCUGAAGAAUAGCGUCGCCCUGCAGGAAGCCAACUCAACCCUGCUGACGGGCUUGCGGACGCCUGCAGAGCAGUCGUCACCCUCGCGCACCAACACGGGUGUCCUUUCUCCAAACGCGGGCAGCAACGCACCGGAUGAAGGGCAGCACGCCUUUGAGCUGAGGGUCGCAUUGGGCUCUCUUGUGGAGCCCAAGAAACUCUCGGUGAGUGCGCUGCAUCACGCUGGGAAAGCAAACGGGAGAUGCCGGGCUAAGUAUGUGGCCCGACCUGGAGACAGUGGUGACGUGGGCUGCAAACAAUGGUGUGAAAACCAGAAGGAUAAGUUGCUUUUCUGUCUGAAGCAUGACAAGGAGCACAAGGACACGUGGAAAGACGUGGCCUCCCGCCUGCGUGGGGAGACAGUUCGCUACGGAAAAACUAUUGUGUUACGUUUCUUUGGGAUCCCUCGCAGCGUGUCGGACAUGCCCGACGACGUUCCUUGGGAUCUUGUUGUGUGCGACAAGGAGCGCACACCCGCCAAGGCACUCCAAGAUUGCCCCUUGGGUUCCUUCACGCUGCCAUGGCAUUGCAACGAUGAUGGCCUACCGUUCAGCACGUGGCAGUUCGAGAUCUUCAUCGCGGCAGCAUAUCACCGCUGCAUCGAGCGCCAGACGCUGCGCCUCCAUCCAUACAACAUUGCCUUCGCACUGUAUGGGGUGAGAUCGAUUUCGGCCCCAUUUUCUUUAUGCGAUCGUGUUCAAUGCGUUGUUCCCACAUCCUGA